GCGCACCAGGUGGGGAUGAGCCCGGCGUUACCUGCCCGGGGCUCGCAGCGUACCUUCCCGCCGCGCUGCACCGAGAAAGGGGAAACCGGAGGGGUUUCUUCUACAAGAGGGUGUCUGUCCUUGCUGGUGACGGUCCAAGAUACAGAGCGCUAUGUCACCCUGUUUGCCUCAGUCAUCCUCAAAUGUGACUACACCACUUCUGCCCAGCUCCAGGAUGUGGUGGUGACGUGGCGCUUCAAGUCCUUCUGCAAGGAUCCCAUCUUUGACUACUACUCUGCGUCAUACCAGGCAGCUUUAUCCCUGGGACAGGACCCAUCCAAUGACUGCAAUGACAGCCAACGAGAGGUUCGCAUCGUUGCCCAGAGGCGGGGACAAAAUGAACCUGUCCUGGGGGUGGAUUACCGCCAGCGCAAGAUCACCAUCCAGAACCGAGCCGAUCUUGUGAUUAAUGAAGUGAUGUGGUGGGACCAUGGCGUAUACUAUUGCACCAUCGAGGCUCCGGGCGACACAUCUGGUGAUCCAGAUAAGGAGGUGAAGCUCAUUGUCUUGCACUGGCUUACCGUGAUCUUCAUCAUUCUGGGAGCCCUCCUCCUCUUGCUAGUGAUCGGAGUGUGCUGGUGUCAGUGCUGUCCUCAGUACUGCUGUUGCUACAUCCGCUGCCCCUGCUGUCCUGCUCGCUGCUGCUGCCCUGAGGAAGCCCUGGCCCGCCACCGCUACAUGAAGCAGGUGCAGGCUCUAGGCCCUCAGAUGAUGGAAAAACCCCUGUACUGGGGGGCGGACAGGAGCUCCCAGGUCUCAUCUUACCCAAUGCACCCGCUGCUCCAGCGAGAUUUGUCCCUGCAGUCCAGCGUCCCACAGAUGCCAAUGUCCCAGGCUGCCGCUUACCCUCCCGUUGCCAGUGGUGUCCUGGAGUAUUUGGAGAAAGAACUGCGGAACCUCAACCCGGCCCAGCCUUUGACCCCUGACUUCAAAGCCAGAUCUGGCCAUCCAUGCAGCAUGCUGUCUUCCCUGGGCUCCGAGGUCGUGGAACGCAGGAUCAUCCACCUGCCGCCACUGACCAGGGACCUGCCGUCCUCACGGAGAACCAGCGACUCCUCACACCAGCAGUGGCUCGCCCAGCUUCCCGUGGGACCCUGGGAGCUGAGGGAGGGGAGAAGGCAGCAGCACUACUCUGAUUUCUACCAGGCACCCCAGGACCGGAGGUCAAGGCCCUGGGGGUUGGAGCGCGGGGAGCUGGAUCACUCAAGGAGUGGAAGACACCACGGCUCCAGGCCAAACAGUUCGCCCACACCCUGGUCAGACAGGGACAGCCUCAGCGAUGGCCCCUCGUCCAACAACGGCCGUUGGCGGCCCAGCCGCCGGGGUCCCAGAAGCCACUAUCCCGAGAGGCCCCGCAGGCCCAGUUCUCGCGAGAGCAUCGAGAGGCACAGGAGACGCAGGCACCGCAGCUACUCCCCACCACUGCCCUCGGGCCUCAGUUCCUGGAGCUCUGAGGAGGAGAAGGAGAGACACCCCCAGAGCUGGGGAGCCCGCCGCUGCUGCCCUGAUUCCCGAAACUGGCUCGAGGAGAAGCCGCCCAGCUACCGUUCGCUGGAUGUUAUUCCAGGCAAGAACGGCAGGAAAAAAGGGAGUGUGGAGAGGCGCUCGGUGAGCCUGGGGCCCCCCACUGAGGGUCGGGUGGGGGCAGAAAGGGCCCCCCAGCCAGCCUUGGCUGCAGCUGACACGGAUCCUCUCACAGACCACGGUUGAGGCCACCUCCUCCCUGCGAUGUAUGAACUUCCCUGUGGGCUUGGGAGCCACUGCUUGUUAGAGCUGGAAGGGACCUAGUGGGUAAAGGAGCUAGUCGGUGCAGGGGAAGGGCUCGAUACUUUCAGAGGGCCUUCUCAUCCCCAGUGUCACUCCAGCCCUCAUCGUAGUCCCGUGAGGCAGGCCAAGUAGGGUCUCCAUUUCACAGGUGAGGAAAUGAGACUCAGAAUGAUUAUGUACUUGUGAAAUGGAGCUAGGACUAGAAACAGGCUGGGGCUUUAUCUCCUGACAUAGCUACCUUGCUUUACUUAGCAACCAUAUUUCCAUAUCCAAAAUUAGAGCAUGUGGCCUGACAAAGGACAUUUGUGCCACUUCUGGUACUGCAAACCAGCUUGCAAGGCCCUGGUGUUUGUAAGAACACCCUCUGAGACUUCCUAGAAAGGAUAAUUAAACUGAUUUUAAAAACCCAAAAUCCCACAUAUGGGUCAAAAUUUAAGGAUUGGACAGACACAGUGCUUGUAGGUGCCAGUUAUAGCUUACCAGACUAAAAGGGGAGCACUAGGGUUGGCAGGCCUUUU